AUGAAUGUGAUAAAGGAGCAAACGUCUGCAGGACCAGAACGAGGAGAGGGCCCAGACGGAGCAGGAGAUGCUAUCAGGAUAGUUCAUCCUGAAGAUAUGGCAGAGCGGCCCAGAUGGAGAGUGUGGAGAGAGGGCAGAGAGGAACCGCGCUGGGAAGCCCAAUGGCAGGAUCUCCUUGGAGGGCUGGAGUCCCCUCGCGCAGGGUGGGAGAAGGAGCCUGGCCCCUGGAACGACACUAAGGCCUUCUUGGCCUCCUUCGAGCAAGUGGCAAAAGCCUGCCAGUGGCCCAGGGAAGAGUGGGUGGCCCGGCUCCUGCCAGCACUCAGCGGAGAAGCCCAGCAGGCCUUCGCAAGCCUAGAGGCCAGAGACAGAGAGGAGUAUGGGAAAGUGAAGGUGGCCAUCUUGCGCAGGGAAGCCAACCGCAUGGAAACCCUGCGCCAGCACUUCCGGCAGUUCCGCUCCCGGGAGGUGGAAGACCCAAGACGGAUCUACAGCCAGCUGCAGGAGCUUUGCCACCGGUGGCUGAGGCCAGAGAGGCACUCAAAGGAGCAGAUCCUGGAGUUGCUGAUCCUGGAGCAGUUCCUGGCCAUCUUGCCGCCAGAGCUGCAGAGCUGGAUCAGGGCCGGGGAGCCAGAAUCUUGUGCCCAGGCCGUGGCCCUGGUGGAGGAUUUCCUGCUGAGCCAGCAAGAGGCCGAAGCAGAGAAAUGGCAGGAGGUCUGCCUGGGUUCCCCAGAUGCAGAGGAGGAGUCCUCAGACGCUGCACAGAGGGAGAUCUACGAGGACGCCAAACAGAACAGCGGCAGGGAGAGCAGCCUACUGGGCAGGGGAAAGAAAGGCCUGAAUAGCUCUAGUCCAUCACUUUCGCCUGAAGGACAGGAAGUGGCCGGAACUGGGCAGAAGGAGGGAUUGAAGAGCCUCAAGGAGGCAGGCGUGGCUAUGCAUGUAAUCGAGCAGAGCCCCACAGAGCUUGGCCCAAGGACCAUGUUUUGGCAAGUCCUGCAGGAGGACAGGGAGAAUGUAGAUUCUUUGGAACAAGAGGAAGUGAUGUUCAUUGAGUUCCCGGAGGAAAGAGGGAAUCUUGCAGGCCGAGGAUCAGGUGGCAGGAAGAGGAUUAAGGUUAAGGUAAAGAAUUCACAUUGUGAGGGAAGCGAGCCAGAGGAAACGGUGCUGGAUUUAACCCACGAGUUGGUGGCGCCGCCAGAGAUUCAAGAACAAAGGUACACGUUCAAAAGGCUGCCUGAAAGGAAGCUCGUGAAGGGAAGGAAUGAGUCUAGCACCCUCACAGGAAUUCGUACUGCAGCCGACAGCAAAACUACACUGCAUGCGGGGCCUGACCUGGCCUCGGACUCCAAGUAUGGGAGACGAUGCCGCUACAAAUCAGGACUUGUCAUGAUCCGCGCUGGAGAGGACUCCUAUGAAUGCCCAGUGUGGGGGGAAGAAUUCUCGCAAAACCCAUACCUUCGUAACGAGCAGAGAAGCCAUCUUGGAGCUGGUUACCCUGACCGUUGGAGGAACUUAAACCAGGGAGAAGCGUUGCUUAGGCAUCCGAGCACCUAUCCAGUGGAAAACGCCUACGAGUGCUCUGAAUGUGGGAAGAGCUUAUCUUGCAGAAGAACGCUCAAGGCCCAUAAGAGAAUCCACACUGGAGAGAGACCCUAUGAGUGUUCCUACUGUGGAAAAUUCUUCAGCCACAGCAUGAAUCUGAAGAGGCACCAGAAACUUCACACUGGCGAGAGCCUCUACGAAUGCCCCGAGUGCGGCAAAAACUUUUACCGGCGUGAUAAAUUCAUCGAGCAUCAGAGGAUUCAUACAGGGGAGAAACCUUACGGGUGUCUUCAAUGUGGGAAAAGCUUUAGCCACAGGGGCACGCUGGUCAGCCACCAGAGAAUCCACAUACGGCACUGAUGGG